AUGGAGAUUGAUGUUGGAUUGAUCCUUGAUAUUGGUUCAUUGGAGGGGAGGAUGAUGCAAAGCUCUAUUUCCAUGGCAAUUUCAGAUUUUUACCGUGUAAAUGGUUACUACAAGACAAGGAUUGUUCUUCGCACAAGUGACUCCAAAGGACAACAUCUACUUGCUCUAUCUUCCGCUUUUGAUCUUUUGGAAAAUUUCAAUUUGGGGGCGAUCAUAUUCAUAGGAGCACAGUCAUCAAUGGAAACGAAACUUUUGGGUGAGCUAGGAGAUAAAGCUAAAAUCCCCAUUAUUUCGUUUUGUGCACCUUCAACUUCUCCUUUCUCAAACAAAUCAUACCCUUAUUUAGUCCAAAUCGCACAAGAUGAAACCUCUCAAGUAGCGGCCAUCGCUGCCAUUGUUGAAGCAUUCAAAUGGAGAAAUGUCAUUACAAUACACGAGGACAAUGAUGAAUGGAGAUUUUUUAUCCUGCGUUUGGUUGAGUCCUUGGAAGGUAAAAACAUCCAUAUUGCAUACAAAAGCUCGCUUGCCGUCUCAUCAGCUGAUAAUCAAAUCAAUGAAGAGCUGCAGGAACUCAUGGCAUUCGGACCAACGGUUUUUAUUGUGCAUAUGUCACCAAUUCUCGCAUCUCGUUUAUUCAUGAGUGCAAAGAAAUUAGGAAUGAUGAAAAAAGGUUAUGCUUGGAUCCUGACUGUCAAUAGUAUGAAUAUGAAUCAUUUGCAUUCCUCAAGGUCGUUUGAGGUUAUGGACUCAAUGCAAGGAAUGAUCGGUCUCAAAUCCUAUGUUCCACCCUCAAAGGAGCUACACAAUUUUACUUCAAGAUGGAGAAAAAAAUUUCUUCUUGAAACAGAUAUAGAAGUAAUGGAGUUAACCCCAUUUUGUAUAUUUGCAUAUGAUGUUGCUUGGGGUCUGGCAAGAGCAGUUGAAAGGACAAGGACUAAAGGAAUACUCCUUACAGAAAUACUUUUGCGUAGUAAAUUCAAAGGUUUAAGUGGCGAUUUUCAAUUUAUUAACAGGAAACUAGUCGUAAAUGCAUUUGAGAUAGUGAAUAUGAUAGGAAAAGGGGAACGAAGAGUUGGGUUUUGUACUCCUGAAGGAAAAAUUGCUGGAGAAGUAUAUUUAUCCAUUCAUGGAAGAGAAUUAUCAUUGAGUAAUACUUCUGGUGGACUUGAAGAUAUUAUAUGGCCUGGAGGAUCUGCUACAAUUCCAAAAGGUUCAAUCACAAAAAUGAGCAUCAGAAAGCUUAAAAUUGCUGUUCCACGAAGUGUUGGAUUCCCUGAAUUGGUGAACGUAGAUCGUAACCUUCAAUCUAAUGUAACAUCAGCAACAGGAUUCUGCAUAGAUGUAUUCAAGGCUGCUAUUGAAGGGGCAGAGCUUGAGCUUGAGCUUGAAGUAGAUUAUGAGUUUAUACCAUUUCUGAAUGCAACUGGGGAGAAUAUUGGGUCUUAUGGUGAACUUAUUGACGAGGUCUAUCUUCAGGCUUUUCGUAAAGGUUCUCCGUUGGUUCCUUACAUGUCUAAGGCAUUGCCAAACUAG